AUUUUCGAAGCAAAAGUCAUCAGUCAUCUUUUGGCUUCCACACUGAAUAUAACUGCAAAAUUUAGUUUAGCUCAUAUAUUCUCAGCUCUUUAAAACAGUUAUACACAAUGGCUCAACAUUUGGAAUCAAGCUUCUCAAUUCGUAAUUUGUUAGCGACCAAUGACGGUACCAACACAGCGCUGACACCACCACCAUCUGACGACGAUUCGAUGUCGUCUAACGAAGACAACUGUGUAAGUCGGCCUAACUAUACAUAUAGUGCGUUGGUGGCCAUGGCGAUCCGUAGCAGCCCUGAGGGUAAAUUGACAUUGAGCUCUAUACAGAACUGGAUCAGUGAUAACUUCCCUUACUACCGGAAAGAUGAGCAGGGUUGGCAGAAUCAAAUAAGACAAACGUUGAGCACGAACUCUUGUUUCUGCAAAAGUCCACGACCUAUGGGCGAUCCUGGACGUGGAAAUUAUUGGGCCAUUAGUCCCGAAGUAGGUACACUUCGGUUUCAGCAGCCAGUUGUUGGCACUGAGGCAGUACUUGGGGCGAUGGUGAAUGGUGUACCGCAUCCGCAGGCUUCCAAUGCGGUAUACUUCCCUUCACCGCAUGAGGUACAAGGAGCCCAUCAGACCAUGUUGGUGCAGGCUUUUCAGGAACAGCAUACCUGGUACCAAUAUCAUCUGCAACAAUCACAUCUACUACAGCAGCAACUAGUAGUCCUGCAACAACAGCAGAUUCAACAGCAUUACCAGGAAGUGUAUCAAAAGCUCGCAUUCCACCAACAGCAAAUCGCUUUUCUAAGCGCUCAGCAAAUGUCAGCAUAAGUAGUAUUUUAUAACAGCGAGACAUGUUGCACGAAAGUUAGUUUAUUUACUGUUUUCAUAUGUAAAAUUUUGUAAGAAGUAUAUAUAGUGUAAAAAGAGAUAAAUGAAUAUUGUAUAUAUUGUAAUUGCUGUUAUCUAAUUUGCAUAAUAAAUUUUAGUUAAAAAAUAA